UGUCAACUCCAAUCCCGAAUAUAUUUACCAUUAACUAUAUUUUACCAAAGGGGUUCACUUUUUAUGAUCUUCAUUCAUUCUAAACUAUCUGCUUUUUGAGCCGUUUGAUACUCGAGUAUCCUCUGCAACUACAUUCAAAACUCACAAGGCCUUCUCAGCCAAAUCUUUGGAUUAACUUACAAACACAAACUUUACCUAAGAUAAAAUACAGCAUCUUUCCAACCUACUUCUAUCCAACACCUUUAUCCCAAAGAAAUCUCGUCAAAAGUCGAGUCUUCACACGCAACCAUUCUGCAAUUCGAAAUUGGUAUCUGCGCGCGCGCAUAUUUGUUAGCAUACUCGACACUUCUUGAAUCAUCGGUCCGUCGCGCCUCUACCCCGCUGUUCAUUAUGGCUCCGAAACAUGGCCUGAAUGGUUCGAAUACAUCUUUGACCAAACGCGCAAGGGCAGAGCGCUCAGAACCUACAUCUAUGAGUCCUCCUGCAAAUGUGCACGAUACAAUAUCAUUCGAGAUCAAAUUCCCGGUUAUGAAUGCGAAAGCAAAGGAGUCAAGACAAAAUGCGGAAUGGAGGUUGCAGGCAGAGGAGCAUAUAUCACCAUUUCAAGGCUUUAAUGCUCCUGAGAAAGAACUCAACUAUCACUAUACUGUUGUGCCAAAUACAGAGUGGAUGUCCAUGAGGAAAUAUAAUAACUUUAUAAGUAAGUCUUAUCCAAUCACUGACUACUGCAAUUUUCUCUAAUUCCAAGUUCAGUCCAAGGUGAUACUUAUAAAAACAACCAAUUUGUCUACGUAAAGGGCAAGACAGAAGCAGGAACGGAACCGAGGGACUUUUGGACAGCAAGAAUAUUACAGGUCAGAGCUAAGAACCCGCAGCAUGUUUAUGCCUUGGUAAACACCAUUGCCCUGGAUGAAGACUUCUGGCUAAUCGGUUUUAGGUUGCCUGGAUGUAUUGGCCGGAAGAAUUACCAGCAACAGCCAAAGCUGCGGAUGAGACAUCGGCAAGGCCAGGACGGAGGAAAUAUCACGGCAACUUAGAACUCAUUGCGAGCAACUAUUUGGAUGUUGUAGAUGUAUUGACUCUUGCAGGAAAGAUAGACCUGGAGCCGUUUUCUGAAGAACUUGUUGAUAAUGCAGUGUCUGAGCCAGCGCCUGGCAAGUUUUAUUGGCGUCAAACAUUUUGUAGAGCCACUCAAAGACUUUCGGUGAGUAUUAUCUCUGUGUAUCAAAUGAGCCCGAACUAAUUUAAUUUUCCUCCAGGACUUGCCAGUAUAUUGUCUUUGCAAUGGCCACUACAACCCCGAUAUUCGCGAGUAUGAGCAUAUUUGCGAUAAUAAAGCUUGUCAAACUCUUUAUCAUUCGCAGUGUUUGGUAGAGGAUGCUCUUGCCAGAAAAUAUUACGAGGAAUACCCUCAAGAUGAGGCAGGACCAACAGCCAAUGGAACCAAGCCUAAAGAUAAAAAGAAAAAGAAUGGAAGGCCGAAAGAGAAGAUCUAUUCUAAAACAUUCAAUGGACAUUUGGUACACGAUCAUGAUGACCAGACUCCACCAAUGAUUAAAAUUACCGACAUGAGAUCAACUCCUCCUACGGAAAUCCUGCAGCGGGUUGCAUGUCCAAAGUGCUCAACUCUUUUUGAAUGAGCAUCGUUUCUCAAGUUUGCGGCGUUUCAUGCUGGCAUUGCAAUUUUUUUCGCCAUACAUACUCUUACGAUUAACGGACGCAAUUUUUACCACUCGAUUUAGAAUAAUCCAUCUAUCACACUGUGGAAGCAGCCUCAACUCGAAUCUUGAAGAUCCGUUAUAUAAUCUGGCGCAUGCAUAUGUGCUUUUCUAUACUUGUACAUAUAUUCCACCAACUUUCCAUCACAUACUUCAUUUUAGGCCAUACUUCCGCGAGCUCAUUGCAUAAAGAUAGCGCAAUAUUUGCGAUCGGUUUUCUGAACAUAUCAUAUUUUGUAUUAAGGAAAAAGCGAGCUGCGUGCUAGGUGGAUAAAUCAGCGGUGUUCCUUGAGAUGGAGUGACGGCAUGCUCCUAAUACCCGGGCUUUGUUUUGGAUUAGGCCAUUAAGGCGCCUAAUGUUUUUUAUUUUUUAGUAUGGUUUUUGGUCAUUGGUUUUUCACGAGCUUUAUUCUGCUUCACUGCGCUUGAGGGCGGUGGGAAAGGAAGUGUGUAUGCAUGUAUUUUUUAGACGGGGUAAAUUAGCAGGGAUGGAAGAACAGAUGAGGAACUGGAUGUGAGCACGGUGAUUAAUUGGCAGUGUUGUACUGGGUAGGGAAGCCUUAUUAUUGAAUAGGUACGGAAAUGAAAGAUAGGGAUGAGAAAAGCAUAUGUUGAGUUUGCUGAAAGUAGUACGUAUAUAGGUGUGAGUCUGUUUGAGAAUGUGAAAGGAGAGAAGCUUACAAGGAAGGUCAAAUAUGAGAAUGAGAAUGGGAUUAAAAAUGGGAAGUAAUAAAUAUAUUUACGAUAUCAUACCUUUACUCCUAGCGAUUAC